UGAUUUUUUUCAUUAUUCCAACUUGUAUAGCGUACGAUAGCAGAGCUGUUAUGAAACUAUUUAAUUUGCUCAUCAUGCAGAUAAUAUCCCUUUGCUCAAUUUUAGCAGUAACGGUAGAGAGAACGAUCGAAUUCUUCGUAAAAGGAUAAGGCAUAACUUUAGCACCAGUUUCGAAUAGUAUUAUGAGAUAUAUGUGACGUAUACGUAUUGAUUUCUUCCAGAAGCACAGCUUUUUACGAAAAUAAAUAUUAUAGGAUUAUUUCGCAAGGAAAUUGCAAACAGAACUGCACAUAAUUACGAUGCGAUUAUUCAUACGAAACCGCAGUUGUAUGAACCUCAAGAAUAAUUAAGCGCGAUAAAUAAUGUAAUUCUUACUUGAUACAUUUUUUACUUAAUAUAUGUAUUUUCUACUCUCUUCUCAACUCUACUACUUCUUGAUAUUACAAAGACUAAGCAUUAAGAAUCAACAUGGUUGAAGAAGUUCCGACAAGGCUUACUUCCUUGAAUCCAAAUAUGCCUGUAGUUCUAGCUUUUGGCAAUCCUCUGCUGGAUGUAUGUCUACAUUUGAAAGACAAGGAAUUUCUGAACAAAUAUGGUCUUGCAGAAGAUGGAGAAGUUGAACUACCUUAUAAGAAAAUUGAACAAAUGUUGUUGCAUUUACCACCCGGAUCGGAAAUAAGGACAAGUGCUGGAGGAUCAGCACAGAACUCAAUGCGAAUUCUACAAUGGCUUUUCAAUAAUACCUUGAAGUCCGAAAGCAGUAUAUAUUGUGGAGGACUUGGUAAAGAUUCCAGAGGUACAAUAUUGUAUACCUCAGUCCAAUCUGCAGGUGUGGAUGCAAGAUACGCAUUUCAUUCAUAUCUACCUACUGGCCUAUGUAUAGCAUUGAUAUGCGAAUCAUCUCGAAGUCUAGUUGCAAAUAUAGGUGCUGCAGGUGUCUACUCACUAGAUGAUUUAAAAAAAACCAACUUAAAAUUUGAUACAAUAAAAAUAAUUUAUAUAGAAGGAUUUUUUAUAACACACAGUUUUCCUGUUGCUAAGGAACUGGUGAAAGUAGUAGAAGAGAAUAAUAUAAUUCUAGCUAUUAAUCUUAGCGGAGUGUAUAUAUUCAAGGAUCACCAAGCAGCAAUUUGUCAGAUGGUUGGGCAUGCUAACAUUGUGUUUGGCAAUGCAAGAGAAAUGGAGGCUUUGGCUCAGUCACUGAACAUUACAUACGAAAGUGUGACUGACAUACCAUUCUUAUUGAAUAGUAUGAAAAGAAUUACAGUCAAUGCAUCAAGUACAACCAACGACGACUGGUUACAUCAUGGUAGAAUAUUUGUUAUGAGUCAAGGUGGUUCUGCACCGGCAAUAACAGUGUGGGGAAAAGGGCAGUCUGUUCAGGUACAACCUAUUAAACCAAAGGCUCCUAUUGUAGAUACAACGGGCGCAGGAGACGCUCUGGUUACCGGCUUCUUAGCAGGCGUUUUAGCACAAUGGAAACCACAACAUUGCUUAGAAUAUGGCUGUAAAGUAGCCUCUUUUAUAGUAACGAUACAUGGGGUAACAUUACCACCUACAGUGCCAACAGAUUUAUUACUCUAUAACGUAAACACGUGACGAAUUUUUAAACUAAUUUUUAAUCAGAGUCUUAGAGAAGGAAUCAUUGUGAUAAAGAGAUAUAUAGUUUAUAUGUGUCUGUAUCUAUUUGUAUUUCUCUAUGUCGUGAACGUGUAAGCUCAAUUAUGUGAUUGUUACAGAGACAGAUUUUUAUUUUAUGGUAUGUGUUAUAUAAAUGUUAGAUCUGAUAUUCGCGAAUAGUAAUUAUUGCAUUUUCGUGACGACGGUAAUAAUAUAUGUAUAUUUAUGAUCAUUAUUUGGUACCUGUAAAUAGACAGAAAAAUUAAGAAAG